UAAUAACAUAAAAAACAAUCUUAUUCGCGGAGUUUGGGAGCCAGUGAAAAAUCAUGGUGGCUACAUUUCUUGUUUUUAUUUUUGUGUUCGCACAGUCAAGAUUUGGCAAAGCAGUUUCAGUUGAUGAUAAAGUAGUAAAGCUUGCACAACUGACUGUAAAAUGCGAGGAGAAGGUGAGGAAUGCAUUGCCGAAUUUUAUCUUGCUUUAAAUUAAGCGUAUUUAACUUCAUUUUCGUAUAUUAGUGAAAUGGAUUGGUUUUUACGUUUGCUGUCUUCGCUAAAAUAACAAAUGAUGUAUGAAAUAAUUUUUGCUCUAUUUUUUGCAGUACGGGGAACCAUUAGCCAGGAAAGUAAGUAUAAAAAUAUCGCUAAUUCAUCACAAUCCUUGCGGUCUCUAAGAUUUUGUCGUCAGUACGACUGAAAGGGCUUUAUUUUUCAUCGUAGAAAUCAUUCUGUAUCACCGAAAAUACAUUAAACAAAGAAAAGGGUACAGAAUAUCUCUUCUGAUAAAUAAUAAACGAAAAUUUGUCUGAAUUUUAUAUGUAAUAUAUCGAGUUUUAGAUCGAUUAGUCAUAAUGUUAUUGUUAAUUUUACUCCGUUUUGGAAAACGUCCCGGAAAUUAUUUUAAAAUUUUCGUUUGUACAAAGACGAACAAAGCAAUUUUCACUUGCAACAUGUAGUACUCCUCAAAUGUAAUAAUCACCAAAGAAUGGAAAUUCGUGUUGUGAAAAAGUAUAUAUACAUCAACAGGGAUUUUACCUUUAUUUUUUAAUACUUAGAUGUUAAUAGAAAGAGUCAGAACGAAUGCCGUUAAGUCCUGAGCGAUCUGGCCACAUGUCCAAAUGAUCGAAUCAGUUAUUUAAGACUCAAUGAUUUUACACAAAAAAGUUUAGUCAUCGGCGACGGUGAUAUCUUUAAAUGCCUAUUUAGAAAGCAAAAUUAUCCAGGUAAACGUAUGCAGUGAAGAAACACCGAAAACCUUGACGCCGCCCGUUUAAAAGUUGAAAUUUUUCCAUCACCCAACUUCGAUCGUUUAAAACAUUCAGUACGCCAUGAAAAAUGAGUAGCAGUUUUAUGAGGUUAUAUUGCGUUGACGUAGGCGGUUUUUGUGGUUCGGAGGUGGUUUUUGAAUCAGAAAAGGUAUAAAAUUACAUGCACUACAACCACAGUUCCUGUUUUUUGAAAGUACGGUGUGUGGGCUUUUAUUGAUAAACAAUACCAUAUACUUUUGGCUCAAUAUUGAAUGAAAACAACAUGUUUAUAUGAUUUCCUGCUCUGACACAGCUGGAAUCGCUGCAGAGAUUUUUCCAGAAACUUUGUAGUCGUUGAAUAUAUCUAUAUGGGCUGGCGAAGGGUUUAAAAGUUAAGGAGGAGAACCUCACAUUUAUGUUUUUAAAAAGCAGAAAAAGGAGAAAAAGCAAAAAAGCAACAACUUACAAAAACAAAAAAAUGAGUAAUGCUUAGGCUACAAGGGCCAGACUUCUGAAAAGAAGUAUUUUCUAUAGAGGUCUAAAGUCUACCUAUUGCGUCAAAUAAUGUUCAACUCCUCUAAGCUAUCCGGGCAUUGGGGCCAGCUUGAGAAAAAUAGGAUUCUUUUUCAUAAAAACUCCUAAUUGUUUUUGCAAAAUAUAUCGAUUAGCGAAUUAGAAUAAAAAGGAGUACUACUAUACGGACAGGUUGGAUCUCAUUUUGAUGAAAUACCACGAACUUUUACACAGUUUAGCUACAACAUUCCUUCUGAAAACUUAAAUCGUAAUGCAUUGUCUUAACUCGUUUUCAUUCAAAAGAAGUGGUUUGCCACGACUUCAUGCAUUUCUGCGACAGGUCAUUGUCUCAAUUAAGCUGUUCAAUGGAUGAAAAACUAUCGGUAAUUCCAGAGGGGUGCAUCCAGCGACUGUUUUCUCGUUGGAAGAAGCAAAUAUUGCCUAGAAAUUUCGACAGCCAAAGUUUACAAGGAGAAAUGAAAAGAAGUUUUCCCAUUCCUUACGAAAGCUGAAAAUUUGCUUAUUUUAUGUUGCUGUGGUGCACCCAGAGAGUGGUAUAGAAAUGCGCCAAAUUAACAGAGAAACGCGCGUUAAUCGGCAUUGCUUUACCCAUUAAACCCAGCCUAUACUACUUCCAAGGCCUUAUCUCUGCUCCCGUGUUUGAAUUGCGCGGAGGAAGGAGCUAAGUUUGACUGGGAGCCGAUAAAAAACGCCUGGGGGCUAGGCCGCAGGGAAGAAUUGUGAGUGAGUUUGCGAAAAAUAGCUUGAAGCGUUACAGGGCGCGUGAAGUUAUGCGCAGCGUGUCAGGGGGCGAUCGAUAUAAGCUUGGGGUGCGUACCCUCCCCCACCCCCUUUAACGCCUGCUAAGAAGGCUAACUGGCGUCUUUCGUCAUGCACUCAAUCUGCUUAAUCACCCCUGAGGGAUAGAGAUGGAUUAAGGUCCGGAUAAGGUACAAUAAUAUGUGAUGAAUAUUAAUCAGUCUUAAAUAUAUGUGAACCUUACAGAACAGUGGAUUUCCUAGAACUUACAACUGCAGCAGUAACUGUGACGAGGUAGGGGAUUAACUUUUAUUAAACUUUACGAAAAAAGUAACAAUAGUUAUAGUGGGUCAUACAGUAGGCUUGGAAAUCACAGUCAUUGCGUCCCGUGGAGCGCAGUCGAUCCCUUUUUACCCCCAGGUCGAUCCUAAUGGCGUCUCCCAUCGAACUUUUCUCUGUUUUGAAAUGGGGGUUUGCUCUCGGCUGGGAAUUCGUAUCCUUUUUUGAACCCCUAAGAUGCAAGGUCCUAUAACUUGGCGCACACGGGGUAUAUAACAUUUCAGAACGGUAGCGCAUUUUAGUUAACAAAAGGUAUUGUUCUAAACGAAAAUGCCUAAAACCCCCCUCCAACACAUUCGAGCACUGAGAACUACUAUCACUUUUAAUUUCUUGAACCUUUUUUUCUUGUAGUGUUUGAAAUCGAAAGGAUUUUACUCUACAGCUGAGAGAAACUCUACCAAAUGUGAAGUGAACUGUAGAGAGGUAAGUUCUAACAUUAGAGCCAAAUAAUCAAUGAUGGUCAAUAACAAUUGGCUUCGGAUUGUAACUACUAUCAUUUACUAAAAGGGCGCACAGGCUGACCGGAAAAACUUAGAGACUAGAAAAGAGGGUGAGACCAAUUCUGGCAAUAACCACUCAAUAAAAAAAAAUACACUGAUAUUGAAACAAAAAAUAGCUUCUUUCUAUCUAUUACUGGUGUGUUGAUCUCAAGGAAAUUAAGGCAUGGGUGUUUUUUCAGUUUCCCUAAAAAAGUCGAGGGGUGGUCUAAAUUUUGAGGAUUAAGGCCUAUAGCGACAAAACUUGAGUAAAAUAAUGACUCUCAAAAGUUUAUGCGAUUCCGGGUAAAAGAAGAUAUAAAUUAGGUCACGUGAACUUGAACGGCCAUUUUGCGCGUAAAAAACGUAAAUUAGAAAUGGCACCAUUUUAUAAUAGCAAACAAUCAAAGAAAUUGCAACCAAACAUGUCCCCAGAUAAACGACUAAACAUCUGUGCCCGGACUUUGUUGAAAAAUUUAUUGACAGUGUAAGUAAACGAAAUUUUCUACUAGUACCCAGUCUCCUCAUCAAACGAUUUUCGAAUUUCCUUCCUGUCUAAAAGAUUAACUUAAAAGGCCCGGACACAGAAAUGAUGUACCCACUAGUCUUAUAACUAUGACGAUAACGGCAACUUCCAGAAAGUAAUGAAAAGUGGUGCCAUAUUGCCAAGUUGAUUUUUGUGCUAAAAAUAGCUAUAAUAGGUCACGUGACAAUUAAUCACUCCGAUUAUCAUUCAAAGUUAUUAAACUUAUACCCAGGAAGUCUGUCCUUAAGUUAUUUCGUGCUAUAUUGAAAGCUUAACCGGGAUUAAAAUUGAGCCUCAGGUUAGCGCUAAUCGGACUUCGAAAAACUGGGCCCAGUUAACUGCACCUUCUUUUCUUCUCUCCUGUUGGAAAAUAUUUUUCCCCAUGGAAGGCAUGAUUAUUUUUCAGACUGGCCACGGAAUCCCCUGCAAGAAAGGAUGCGAAUUUUAUCAUCGCAUAAUGAAUUCAGGUGUGAAAAACUUCAUGAUGUUCUCUAAUCUUUUCGUCCUUUUCAUUCCUAAACCUCUCUCCAUAGUAUUCAGUUACUAAUUACUUCAAGUUUAAAAUCUCUUUUUCAGGGUUUUUGCAAUGAAAAUGAACUCGUAUUUAAGCCUAUUUUUCUAACGGCAACUGGUUCAAAUUAAUUGUCAAGAUGCAUGUUUUCAAAAAUCCAGCAAAACUACUGAAACUUAAUCCUCCAUCCUCUUUUGACAUAAUUGAACUAUCAUUUUCUCCAAAAUGUAGAAUUUAUUUUUAUUUAGUUUUCAAAGUCUGUGUAGGUAAAAGAAAUUGAUGACAACAGCCUCGCUGAUAACAGAGUUUUGUCUUUAUCCAUAGAGUAAUUUAGAUGUUCUUAUUUAUCUAAUUAUUUUUAUUUUAUUUGUUUUAUUUAUUUUUUGCAGUUGACGGCAUGAACGAUACAAGAAAAGCAGUAGUCAAAGGCCCUUAUCUUUUUUGUCGCACCCUAAAUUGGCUGGUUAUUAACUUCGAAUUUCGUUUCCUUAAUCUUAUUCCUGCUGUUGAACCCAUCUUCCUCGUUCUCAGGUGGCGUUUUUGGGAAGGUCAAUGGAAUACAUUUGAUAAGCCAGUAAGUGUCUAAUAUGAAGAUCAUUAACCAUACGUAGACAGUCCCCUUAAAGAGGUGCGUUGGGUGCACACGAACCGGAUCCAGACCACUGUGGUCCCUUUUCAGACUACACUGGUCAAACCCCCGCUUUAUGGUCACCUCAUUAUAUUACGGACAGUUUGCUGUUUCCAUGGGGAAAGAAAGCCCUUACAUUUUCCCGAAAUGCAAUCCACUUAAUGCGGACACCCAUUAAUACGGGCACUUUCUAUAAACACCCUCAGUGUCCGUAUUAACAGAGUUUGACUGUAGUUGUCUUUGUCAAGAACAGGGGACAUCACUCUCAGCAAAUUAAUAGAUCUGAUUAAUAUUGUUAGAUUAGCGCCCGCGCGAGUCGCAGUUUUUGCUGUUCUGUGUUAAAGCUUUCCGAAGGUUAAGCGGCUGAUGUGUCAAAAAACGUAAAAUACGUACAUCUGACAGUCCCAAAGUAACAUUUAUUAUUCACAAAAAUUGAAAAAAAUUGUGAUCGGAUUUUUCUAUUUCGUUAUGAGUAUACACUUGUCUUGAAUUUAAAAAGAUGCCUGCUUCGGUCCUCGUGGCAGGGGGUUGAGGGUGAGGGAAGGGGGGUACUUUAUAUGGGGGAGAUAUCGCAGGACAAAACAUGGAUUUUAAUUCAUUUCUCUGUCCUUAAAGAAGGGGCACGAUUUAAUGCGAGGUUCUCCUAAACAAGGUUUAUCCUUGUGUAAAGUAACAGUAGGGCCUUAAAAAAGCUGUUGUAUAUGUCCUAUACAGGAUAGGAAUUUUAGGUUUUGAAGUUCGCUUUCGUCCUUAACAGGCCAAUGGUUUCAAACCCUCGGGAAUCCCUAAUCUCAGACUAAGGUCAAAUUCUCUCCUCUCAGCAACCCUGUUUCUGUUCUUGCCUCUCGACAAUGAUUUUUCUGGACAUUGUCUGUAGACUUCAGUUAUUACUACGUAGUACGCCAGCCGUGUGCGUAUAAAAAGAGAAUAGUGUCAUUAUUGUUUUCACGUUAUUGGCGUAAAUAAAGUUAAAUUUGGCAAGGGUGUUAACUCCUGAUCUAAUUAUUCACAUAAAUCUACAGACGAAGGAGGUGCCUAUUCAGCUUCGUUUACACCCUGGUACCAAAUUUCAAGUAGAGGUUUCUGUGGUAACUUCAAAAGGGCUACAGGGGACAUACCGAGGGGAAUGGAUGUCAACACUAAGUGGUGAGUUCCAGAAUGGUAGCUGGCUUGGCAGGCAUUUAAAGGGAAGGGAGAGGGGGGAUUAAAGUGCGCAAGCACUUAAAGGGCUUCGUCCUUGCGCACCUUACGUUCUUGUGCGUUUUUAUCCCCCCCUGGCGUCGCAAACGCUUGCCUAAAAAUCAAACCCGAGGGAUACUGCCCAUGGCCGAUGGUAGGCUCCUCGUUAAAGAGGUACAUUUUUCAGGCUUUACGUAUAUAAAAGGGUAGGAAUUUCAUAACUUGAAGUAUUAAGAAAGGUUGGUGAAAUCUAUCAUUUCCAGGGACCUCCAACAAACCCACCUUAUGGCUGAAUUAUCAGUUUUAGUUUCUUAAAGGUACAUCAAAACAACGAGAAGACUUCUUGCUUUAGUGAUUUAUUCAUAAGUGGGGCCAAUCUCUUAUGACUUCUCAUGAAUAAAAAGGGAAGUAAUGUUCUUAAGUAGAUAUUUGAAAGGGGUUACCAUUUUCCAGUGGAACUCACGCGCCGUAUACGAAACGGGUAUCUUUGCUCUCGAAAAUAGGUUGGACGUCGGGGUAGAACGAACGUCUCCAAAGACAGGGAGAUCAGAGAAGAAUAAACGAACAAAGAAACAAAAUAGUAAAACUCCGUAUCAAAAGGCGGACAGGUAAAACUAAGGCAAGCAAAGCCACAGCAAUAAGAAAAUAAAUACUGCUGCAGCUCUUGAGAAUCAGUGACUCGAUUGAAACGUCUGAAACCGUUCCAUUCAAAAUUUAACUUGACGGCACCAUUAUUUCAACUGCUUAAUAAAGUCAAAGUGGAUGUCUGAUACCAAUUUGAUACACAUUUUGCAUACGCGUAUCACCCUAAAGGCCAUUGUUUAUAGGACGUUCUUCGAUUACCUGAAUAAUAAAAUUAAAACCAAAUUUUCUGUUAAGCUUUGUUUAAAUAAAACCCUUAAAACAGCAGAUCGAUAUGGCGUAGUUUUAGGGCUACGGCCAGAAAACUGAGUACAAUCCCAAUCUGAAAGUCUCAAGUUCGUUUCUAAAUAGUUAACAAGACGCAAUGUCAGAUUAUGCGUUCAACCACAUCAUUCAAUCUUUCUUAUAAUUUAUCUGUUCUACCUAUGUAGGCUUUAAAACAUUACGGCCUGGUUCAGUACACUACAAAAGCUACCAUCCGGGAAUCCUCCCUUUUUAUUGUUUCAGAUAAAGACGUUCUGGAUCCUCCUAGGAACAUAAGUGUUUCAUUCACGCCAGAUGGGACUACCUUCCAUGGACACUUAAGCUGGAAUUUAGCACCUCACAGUGAGCAAAUUUGCGUGAUUACAUUAUUAAGCUACGAUCAAACAAAAAUGUUUUGGACAAACUUAUAUUUGCGUCAAUUUUUUAUGCAGGCCAAUAAUCAAAAACGACAUGUCCAACCUCUUACCCAACUCCACACACAACUGUACAACUGUACACACUGAUUUGUCCUAAGUUUUAACAAUCAAGGGAAGCAGGGCUGUACCGGUGUGAUGACAGCGCUUGCCUCUCACCAAUGUGGCCUGGGUCCAAAUACCGGAAGUGGCGUCAUCCGUGGGUUAAGGUUGUAAAUGUUGCUUCUCUUCUCCAAGAGAUCUUUCUCUUGGUAUUCAGGGUUUCCUCUCUCCUCAAAAAACGAAAUUCCCAAUUUCCGACGGCACCAUCAGUAAUGCAUGGUAGACGAAGAAAAAUCAUAUGGAUGUGCUACCUGUAAGUCGGGCGUUAGUUGAUAUUUUAUCUCGGGGAGUGAGUAAGGUUAUAGCAUUUUAAUAGCUCUUGGAAUCGCAUCGGUUCAGUUGCUGAGAUUCUUCAACGGGCUUUGAAUGUUCAAUUUCCGAUGUUUAACGAACUUUAGUCAUGAGAUAAAGACAAAAGGCCACGACGACAUCGGCGUUAAUGUACAUGUAUUCUUGCGCAAGUUAAUGAGAUUUAUGCGCAAGAAAGGAUAAUUCGGUGCCUACUAUACUACUACCCAAAGAAUUUUUUUGGGUAGGAAAAUGUGUCAGGUAUUUUUUUGGGGGUGGCCUGAUUUAAGUCGGGAUUCUUUGGGGGUAUUCGAAACAAUCUGAAGUUUCGUGGUAUAAUAACUGCAGAUAUGAGGGUCACUAAUUAAGAAACAAUUGCAAACAUUCAAUUUCUGUUUUUAUUUUUCGUGUUAUAUUAUAUGAUGCCUUCUGGAAAUUUGUAAGGUUCGGAUAUUUCGGGGGUAGUUUUUGGUCUAGGGAUUUUUUGGGGGUUUGAUUUUUGAUCCCAUUCGACCAUCCCCGUCAUUCAGAAUCGGGAGUACCUAACCUCUCCCCUGGCAGAAUAAAACUCAAGACUAUGCUCUUGACCACUUCGUACGUAAUUUCAUUUUUCUAUUUAUGGACACAUCGUAGGCAAAACCUGUCACUACAGCAUUCACUGGCUCGCCACGCACGGAGACGAUAGAGGACAUGAAGAAUAUAUAUUUAAUGAACAUAAGGUAAUCACUACAAAUGAUGCGGGUAAUGUAGCAACCAAUCAAUACAUAUGCACGCGUUGCGUGUACUGUGAACUGCUAUACCAUGCAUGCAGAGGGAUCAAUAUGCCCUUGCAAGACAACCACCUUUAACUGUAGCAAAGAAAUUCUUGCUACAAUACAGCUAGUCGGUUUUGUAAUUCGACAUGAGGUUAUCCGGAUUGCAGAAUCCUGGGGUUUGGAACCAGAAAUUCAGCUCUAGGAAUAAAGAGUUUCGUUAGCUAUUUGAAUCCGGAAUCCAUUUUUGACUGACAAUUAAAGAAUCCUGAAUCCAGUACCUGGAAUAUCUGGGAUCUGGAAUCCGUAAGAAUCUAGGAUUAUAUAUUAGAGUACCUUUGGCGAUUUAUGGGGUGAUAAGGCCGCAAAGCAACACCGAGGACAUAGCUCAACAAUUUUACCCGGAAGAAUCGACCUUGAAAUAGAGUAGAAGGGUAACUCAUGAUAUUUCUAAACAAAUUGAACAGCGCACGCGUAUAGGUAAAAUCUUUGCUCGUUGGCACCUAGCGAUAGCUAUAACUAGUUUUUGUUAUUAUAUAUAACUAGUAAGUUAGGGUCUAUCCGCAUUAGCGAAAAAGCUGUUUAUUUCGACAAUUUUUCUGUCAUCACCAAGGCUUAACAAAUGCGAAUGGUUUCUCUCGAUUUCACAAAUUUUGUCCCAGAUGGGACAAUCUUUAGUCUACUUCAAAGGCGCCGCGGGCAAAAUUUGCCCCGAAUAAAACUUGGACAAAAUCGACUAAAUAAGCAAAAAUGUGUUUUUCUUGGCAAUCAUUUUUUGUGUCGCCAUUAACAAAUGCAAGUAUUGUCAGAUGUAACGGCCUGAUAAGAGUAAAUAGUUUCCAGUGUGGAUAAAAACAAAAAUUGUUACCAUACAAGUUUCGGUUUGGAUGUUUCAAAGACAAUUCUGAUUUUGUCUGCUAGUGCGGAAUAAGGCUCUUAUUGUUAGGAACCCCUGAAAAUCACGUGACGUGAUCAAGAAUGCUUCCUUUUUUAAGAUAAAAAAGGCGGGAAGGAGAAAAUGAGCGAGAUGGUGCGUCGCCUAUCUUUUUUCUCCCUUGCGCUCGUCACCGGUCAAUCGUGUUUCGCUGCCUUUGUUUGCCACUAACGUGCGAUAAACCAAACACCUUGAGAAGGAGGAAGUUAUUUACACAAUUAUUUUAUCCUUAUUGACCCAACAAAUGAGUUCUAAACUCGCAAGGUUUGUCUCAGACGGCAUACUUCACAUGAGCCGAAUCGAAUUAUGUGAAUUUUUAAAAAGUAAGUUCCUGUGAAGUACUGCGUUUGAAGUAUUGAGAAUCAGUUCUUCAGGCCUGACUCAACCUGGAAAAACAGCUGUGGACCGGUAUUUAUUCAGACACCGCAAUUCACAUGAGCCGGACGAAAUACAUACAUACAUAUUUAUUUUGCAUCUUAUUGUAUUUUGAAGCUGAGAACAUGAAUGUAGUCUGGCUGGAAAGUCAGCCUAAAUUUGAUUCAGUUAGAACGGUGUCUGAAACGGGUCUAUAAUUUCAUCUUACAUAGGAAAACCUGCGCUGCUGCAUUCAAAUCUAAAGUCCUAACGUGAUGUUUUGUUUCUUCAGCAACACCUAAGUACCAGACUCCAAUAUGUCAUGACUGGUAUGAUGCCAAAAGAAAACUAUACAAUAAAAGUAAGUAUAUCUCUUAUGUGCGACAACUAAAGCCCGGCUCAGACGCCGCUCCACUCAUGCGCCGAACCGAACUGAUGAAUUAAGUACGGCAAGAGAGCGGCGUCUAAAUCAAUUUGGUACAGCAGUUUUAGUUAGGUGCGUAAAAGCGUUAAGUUCGACAGAGUCUGUCGAAAUUUUGUCGAACUUAACUUAGGUUCGACACACGGUGCGCCGUCUGAAUCAGUCAAAGUCAAACUUACUCAGUUAGGUUCGGCACAUGAAAAGUACGGCGUCUGAGCCAGGCCUAAUAUUUAAAUUUGUAUUAACAAACCUGUGUUGCUUUCUAAAGUAGUAUAUUUCAUCGAGCCGCAGAGUUAUAGUAGGGGAGUAAGCCCGGCAGGGUAGUGCAUAGUAGUAAGCCCAUUCACAGCCCUUGACAAUCACCACAUUUUACUUCAUAUACAGGAUGUUGCUAUGGUAACCGUGUUAGGUGGAAAAAUGAACAUUUCUGAUUUACCAGAGCAUGAGUUAAUUCGGUUAAAUACGUUUUCCUGGAUUUGUUCGUAAGCUUUUCUUUUCUGUUUUAGGUCUACUCAGUUGCUGAUCACAAAGAGAAAGGUGCUGUCGUGUACUAUGAAACCCCCUCCUUGGGUAAGUGCUUAUAUUACUGGCAAAAACUAAAUAAGAAUUAUUCCUUGUGAGGUCAUGGUUUUACAGUAAAAUCACUCCAUUUAUAAGUUUUGAUAUCGUUCGCACAGUAGAGUGAGGUAUUGCGAUUGACAGGAAACUGAUUCCCAUACCAAGUGUUGUUGUUCUUCUUAUUAUUAUUAUUAUCAUUAUUAUUAUUAUUAAUAUCAUUAUUAUUAGUGUGCUAUUGUUUUUACGUUCUAAAACAAUUGCAAGCAUGAGCUUAGCUGAUUUUAAGCCGUUAAACCCGGGCUUAACAAAAAUUUGUUUCAAUAUGAGCUUAUGGACUAUAUCCAGGUUCAAAAAGAAAGAGGAAAAUUGAGGUCGUUCUAUGUUAACGCCCUCCACAAAUCAUCGCAUUCAGGUUUCACGUCGUAGUCGUGCACUGGACGUCAAAGAAAUGUACUAAAAAGCGUGAUGCACGUGCAGAGCUGUGGGUUUGUUCAAUUGUAUUUUACGUCGUCGUUGUCAUCCUCUUCGUAUCUCAACUUAUCGCCCUUGCUGACAAUGCAGGUGCAUUCCUUAGAGACGUCAUAAUUAGCGGGGGUGACUAAAGUCGACAGGAAACUCUCUUGAGUAACGCGAUGCUCAUUAGUCAAAAAUAAUUUAAUUUUGUUGUCUUUUAAUUCAAUUAUUUUUUCGUAGAUUGCUUCAACGCUACUGGAUUUUACAUUUGCGGUGAGUACUUGGGGUCAAGUAUAUUAUUUUGUCAGUAUUACUGCUACAGCUUCUAAUUAAGCAAGAGAUAAACACCCAUCCUAGCCCUUGGAAUACCGUAAAAUUCCGAAAAUAAGCCCCUCCAUGUAUAAGCCCCUCCACAUAUAUAAGCCCCCCAAACCAGUAACGCAAAAAACCCUCCAUUAAAUCGCCCCUCCAAAUAUAAGCUCCCCGGGGGCUUGUACUUGGAAAAUUGCCCUCAAGUACAAAGUAAAACAAAGCAAAAACGAUAAAUUUACUUCCAACUGUAAGGCUAGCCCUAUCGAUUUUGAAACGCAAAUUUCCCUCCUUAGAUAAGCCCCUCCGAAUAUAAGCCCCUCCAAAAAUAAGCCCCUCAAAAAGGGCUUUUCAAAAAUAUAAGCCCCGGGGCUUAUUUUCGGAAUUUUACGAUAUGUGAACUUCACCAAAGUUAUUUUCAGACCAGCUAUUAUUCUCUCUUGUUCUAAGAAGACAUUGCUGCUGUAUCGUGACGAUAGUCAUUGUGAUUGGACGCUUUAUAAGUGAAUCAAUUUUGCCGAGUAAAAGGGCCUAAAUUUUAUCUAUCUCAGGUCUUUACCGGCAAUGUCGGACGCAACUUGAGUAUUCUCACGAUAACUGUGGGUGACAAGAGAAGCCCGCAAUCCUAAUAAUCUCCAGUUUGCUAUUACGCUUUCACGGCUCGUAUGUAGCCAGCUUCGUUUGGACUUCCAAGAAGAAUGAAUAUAAUGGACAGAACGCAUUCUGGUCGCACGCGUUUGGAUUAUCUAUGCCGUGAAACUUAUGCAAAGCACACCACAGUGUUGGAGCAAAAGCGUUUUGACUUUUGAUCGUUGUCUGAAGACACUCCGUAACCUUUGGUUAUUACUAGUACAAGAUAUGUCGUGAUUAGACUUCUUUGUAUUCUCACAGUGUUUGGACCACCGCAGAACCUGACACUGCUGAAUGUAACGCAUCUGUCACACAACACAUCAACGGCCAACGUGACAUGGUCACCGCCUCUUAAUGUAUCGUCAGUAGAUGGUUUCCAGGGAUAUAGCUUGUCGUGGAGAAAGGUCCCUAUAUUAGAGAAACAAAAGUCUAAACCUCAUUUUGAAACCACAGAUUUGCCGCCUGUAAGUCUAUGAAGUCAUCGUUGCUUUAGUUCCAUUUUUAACCCUUGAACGAGCUGUAAACAGUAACUGAGACUUAAAAGCAGUGUUGGAGCAAGUCGGUUCAGUUUAAGCAAGAUCAUGCAGCUUCCUCGUAGAAAUUAGGGAGCUUAAGCAGGGACUGUAUCAAAGUUUACAAAAAGAAAAACAAAGUAUCGUUUCGCGUCGUAGACGUGCUGUAACGGCAAGGAAAUGUACAUAAAAGCGUGAUGCACGUGCCAAGUUGUUGUUUUGCCAAUGUAAACCUAUUGUUUUUUGUCGUUCUCGUCGCCGUCGCCGUCGCCAUCGCCAUCGCCGUCGUCGUUACUUAAGCUCCCUUUUUUGCCUUUAAAAUCUUUGGAAAUAAAACUUUGACGUGUUUUUCACCACCUAUAUAUGUUAUGUAUCACCAUCAUAAAACGCAUUUUUUUCACCUUCAUAGGAAAACACCAGCUUUCAAUUGGUUGAUCUUCACAAUGGAUUUCCUUAUGUCUUUAAAGUAAGUUUCUCUGCUGCGCGCGCACUCCUUUGACGUCGUCUAGUCAGAGGUACGGUAAAAUUAUAUGAUAUAUGGAUAAAAGCAAAAAAUAAUAAUGACACCCCAUGGAAAGUUUUGUUGUGUCUUGUAAUCAUCCAGACAGUCCCUUUUAAAAAGCUCGUUUACAAUGCCAACUACUGAGUAACCUAUAAGAAGGGUAUACCAAAAAUUUGCGGUAAGGAAGGAAGGGAUAAAACUUGCACGAUAAUGUUUUUUCUUGAGAAAAUUCUAUAGAUUUUUAACUUCUGCUUAUUUUUGAAUAAGCCCCGCGAUACUCCAUUUUCACUAUAACUGUUUGCUUGUUUCUUUGUCUGUUUGUUUGUUUUUCUUAUGCUGAAGAUCUGUUUGCCACUCAGUUUUCUUCCCCAUUGAGCUUAAAACCUGCAAAAGUGCACUUCAAUAGAAACCACCUGGUUCGGUAACCAGGUCAUAGAUUAGACACUUGUUGGGAAAACUCAAAUUUCUUUUUACCAAAUUACCGGCCGGGCUCAGUCACGAAGAAAUAUCAUUCUGGUAAAGAUCUCUUUGUUUCGUGCUACCAUACGUUCUUUGAAAAUUUGUUUUAGAACCGGAGGGAAGACGGACUUACCAGCCGAAAGCGAUUAAAUGUUUUGAUCGAACAAUCGUACGAACAUCGCUUUUGUCGUCAACUCCACCGUUAUCACUUGCACUUAACUUGAAUGCCUUUUAAUUUAUGUUAGGUUUCUGCAGUAUCAUCAAAAACCGGAAAAGGGCAAGAGGCAAUACUACAUUUCAACACGUCAGGUAAAGGUUCAUUGUGGCUGCUAGUACAAGACUGGGUGUAACUGGAUUGAAAACAAAGAAUUAUGCUAUAUUCCAACUUAUGCGCACACUCCUUUAUGAACAAGAAUGAUAAUUAUCCACGUACCAACUUAUCCACUCUACUCUUCGAUGACAGCUUACACUUCAUCGUCCGCACGAGCCUGCAAGCAAGCUCUCCUUUAAAUAGAUAUUGUGAGAAGUGUCGAGCGACAGGCAAGAAAGUAGUAUAGUAGUCCGUUUUUGGCAGUGAAAUCUCAUUAAUGUGCUAGAACGAGCUAAUAUGCUUUCUAUCUAAUAAAUAUGUAUGUUUUGCGGCUGUAAAUAGACCUUGUGCGUAAUAAUGUUACGAUUUAAUGUUUUUGGGUCACAAAUGACAUCAAGACCAAUGAGAGACAAGACGCAAAAUAUUUAAAACAAACUAAUAAUAUCAUCUAUCUGAAAGCUUUCAUACCGGUUAAACAACCUAAAAUCGCACAUGAUCUCAUCUUGAUGAGAUUCUUCCCAAUUUUAUUUUAUAACGUCAUCGGCGUUAAUGUAUUCCUCCGCAAAUUAAUGAGAUUCCACCGAAAAACGGAGUAAAACAUCCAUACUAAACUACUCACGCGAAAAGAGAGAGGUGAGAGUGAGAGGAGACUUACAAACCUCUAGAUCGCGUGUCCUCAUCGCGGUUUUCCUUGCUCGUCUCUCAAAAUGGACACCUUGCUCGCAGGCUACAUCCGCACCAGGAUGGAGGCCGUGAGUGUGUGAAUUUGUUUACAAUAUUAACAGACUGAUGUGGAUAUUGGCGUAGUUAAAUAGUACUUGUCUGCCAUAAAUGAUACUAAAAAACUUUCUGACUUGGCUUUUCUACUGCAAAGAAAGCUGCAUAAGCUGGUGGUGAUUUCACUGACCCGUCUUUUCUAAAUAGAGUACUACAUAGGAACAGUAAAACGCCCUCUUUUCACGUUUUCUAAACCAUUUCGUGGAUAACUGCACUUAAAAAGGUGUCAGCUCCUUAACGUAAUAUUUCUCAAGUUAAAUCUCUAAGGUACGAAACUACUGUGUUCGGAUUCUUGUGAACAUACUUCACCCUUUCUACCAAAAGAGAGACCAGCGUCUAAUCUGUCCUUGGUUUACUACCCUUACCAUGAAACAAUGAAAAUAAUGAUAAACAAUAAAAAGUUAUUGUUUUCGUCGACCAAUGAGGUGUGAGACCGUAUGAAUAACCGCUACACUGCUCGCUCAAUCAAACGUAAAAGUCAUGAGAAUAAAGAAAACGAUAUGCAAUUUUAAAAGGUCUUGAAUGUUAAACAAAUUCUCCUCAUUUUUUCAACACAAAAUGUACGUAUUAGCGUUGUGUAGAAUAUACAUUCUGAUAUCAGGGUUUGAAGAGGUAACAAAGGGUGGUAUUUUAUCAUUGUUUUGCACCCAUAGAUCCUCCGUCCAAAGACGUUGAGAACGUUCAAAACACACCUACAAAACAACGAACUACUGACACCCCGUACCUUCUUGUGACGGGACUUGUAGUAAUAGCAGGUAUCGCUGGUUUCUUUGCAUUGGCCUAUCUUUUCAUAAAGCGGAAAUACGGAAACAUGUCAACAGCCGUCCAACAUAUGCAGGUCCAAUAUAACAUAGCGAGAAGGGCAUUGUAAGUAUUGCUUUUGUUAAUUCCCCCUCCCCCUCCCCCUCCGAUCCACCUCCCCCUUCUCCCUUCGCUUCCCUCUCCGUCCGUUUACCACCAAAAUCCUCCUGUGAUGAACUAGCGUCACAUCGAGGGGAGGAUAGCAAUUCUCCAAAAAAAAAUUAUGGUAUGUUAACUUGCGAGUAGAUUUAAGUAAUUGGGCAUUAGGCUACGUUGAGAUUUUUUGGCCGGUUUGGUCGAAAAUAAGACCAGAGUAGUCUAAACACCAGAACCGUCUAAAUGUUUGUAAGGCAAAGGUGUGGUCGCAUGAUGCGUGUUAACUGGAAGACGCCAUUUUUGGGUUUGCUUAAGCAGCGCUCUGCUUAUGAGCAGAUGUUAGAACCUCUGACAAAUUCAACCUGGUUAAACAGUUCCAUGUUAACAGAGCAAAAACACUGAAAAGUUUCCUGUGAACAAAGUCUGCGGCCAAGUUUUCUAACCGGUCGAAAAUUCGUCUGGUAGCAUGAGAACAAGGCCUUAUUUUUAUCCCUGAAUCCUGAGACACAAGCUUUGAAGAAAAGCCAAACUAAAUUAUGACGGAAUCCAACAGCAAAUUGAAUAAUUUUAAUUACCAGUGGACAAAAGCCUUGUACCAAAAUAAUUUACUUUAUUGCAUUCUAUUUUAAAUUUUUUAAGGGCUAAAGAUGUAAUUUAAAUAGAAAUCCAAAAAAAUGAAUGUCAAAUUUCACAAGAAUUGUGAAAACACAAGUAAAUUCCGAAAAAUUCAUGUGUAAGAUGUAAUUUUGUGAAAUUUGACACUCUUUUUCUCGGGCUCCCAUAAGAAAUUUUCUUUGGUGUUAUUACAGAUGACAGAUUACAUCUUUAGCCUUUGAAAAAUGUAAAAAAGAAUGCAAUGCCUUAGAUUACUACGUUACAAGGUUUUUGUCCACUGAAAAUCAAAAUUACUCAAUUUCCUAGUUAAUUUCGUGAGUUUAACACGAAUCUGUUCUGUUCACUUUAAGGAUGUUGUUACCAGAAGAUGCCCUUCCGAUCAUUGAACCUGAUGAGUGGGAAGUAGAAUACAGUAGUCUCGCGUUCGGUAAACAGAUCGGAGAAGGUGCAUUUGGCACUGUUCAUAAGGCAAAUGUAACUGGUUUACCGGGAUAUCCUUCGCAAAGAGAGGUUACUGUGGCGAUCAAGAAAUUAAAAGGUCAGAGACCUCACAACUUUUUAACGUCCCCCAUGCCAAGUAUAUUGAACGCAUAUAUUUAGCCAAGGCUAAAGGCGAACCUAACGAUGAAAGAUUGAUGAUUUACUUCACACUAUUAACUUGUAACCAUUGCAAAGAAAUUCACUAGGAAUUGAGGCUGUGAUCAGUUGAAAAGUAGUAACUUGUCAGCGGAUAGCUUCAAGAAAACAUGUAACCUCUAUGGGUCGACAACUGAGUCUGCGGUACUAUCAUGUGAUAAUGGUCAGCAGAUACCUUUCUUGACAGUUGUCAAUUGACCACAACAUCGACGUUCAAUAUCAGGUUGGAGGCUCCCACGUGUACACAAUGUAGAAAGUGUGAGAUUUCACACUGGUGUUCCUGUGGUGCGGACGGACGGGAGGAUGGGUGGACGACCAAGUGGACGGACGGACGGACGGUUACGUAGCUACCAAAAUUUCUCGGAUGGAUAGAUAACCAAUUUUGUUGUUGGAGUUCCUAUGGUGCGGACGGACGGGUGGAUGGGUGGACGAGCGAGUGGACGAACGGACGGACGGUUGGUUACAUAGCUACCAAAAUUUCUCGGAUGGAUAGAUAACCAAUUUUUGGUUUUAGCUAUGGGGUUCCGCUCGCGUGCACUGUGGAGCUUCGCUGGUAAAAACUAUAACACCAGAUAAAAAUUUCGUUUAUAGAUGGUUUCUGCUUCUUGAGUCAAUAGGUAACUACCCGUACUUUCUUAAAAAAUGUUUUUUCCCAGCUAAGAAGAACAUCAUAAACUGUAACAGAAAUCUUGAUUGCGGCUGAUAUCUUUUGAUGUCACAGGACUCAGACAAAAGUUGGUCACACCUUUAAUAGAAUCUUAACUAUACCCGCCUGUUCCUCCCAAGCUUGCAUGCCUUAGUGCUUUGCCAAAUGAGCCAACAGAAUAUGGCCAAAAAAGAGGGCAAAACAGCGAAGAGCACCUUACCCUGCCUACCAGAAGAUUUUUUCUCGCGUGCGGCUGGAUGGUUCGGUGUCGGCUGCAGGUAGACAGAUGUUCAGCUUAAGGCCGAAGCCACGAGCGGAAAAGUCUCUGGUACUCAGAGUAAAAUUAAAAGCACCUGGGAAGGGGGCACAAUUAACACCACUACCGUAGCGUGUACUAAAGUGACAUAUUCCCUCCCCCACUCAACUCUCGCAAGGGGAAAACGGAAGGGAGGAAUGAAAGAGAACAUUUCAGUUUCUAUCUAUCUGUCACUACGAUUCAAACAGUUCUUUGUCUCCAGCAAAUGCAAGCCUGGAGGAUCGACGAAACUUUAUCACAGAGAUGACCCUGAUGAAGGAGAUUGGUAAACAUCUAAACAUUGUCAGCAUUCUGGGCUGUGUGACCACAGGAGGUCCUAUGUGUCUUAUUACAGAGUACUGUCCUCAUGGUGACCUCAGGUCCUACCUCAGACGUAUCCGGGAUAAGGUUGGUGGGACACUUAAAGGGCGCGUAAUUUUGACAUAAACAAUCAUAAAACUGACGAAAUAAUGUUUCGACGUUUCGGUGACCUCAUGAGCUAACCGCCGUCCGGUUAGCUCCGACAAUUGGAUAAGCGCCGGCCUGCCGAGCGGGAGGUCUUUGUUUAGUUUGUUUUUCAGAGUCCAAAUUUUCAUGCGAAAUACCAAUUUUCCCUGGGCCCAAAGAAAGCUUAAAUUGCUGAUGGAUUUGGUCUUCGCCGAUUCCAACUAAGAAUCAAUUAGCGCUCAAUUGGCUGAGUUGCUCCAAAUCAAAUCCACCAACCCAGAUCGAGCAUGAGUUGUAGCUGCCUCCAGACGUCUCUCUUUCGAUGAAAAUUUCCGCGCAAAUGAAGACGGGAAGUAAAAAUACCUCUCAUUUUUCUCCUUCCCAUGGUCCCUUGCGCUUCGUCACCAGUCACUCGCGUGUCACUCGCGUUUCGCGCUCGACUCUGUGCGAAAAACAAAGUGCCUGAGGAGGAGACAGGAUUUGUAAUGUUAUAAUUGCGUUUUCUCGUAUUACAAAUACAUGCUUUGAUUUGUAACAGGUUCUGAAGAUAACCUGUGCGGCUUAACUAAAAAUGGCCUUUACUUUAUAGAAAAACAACCCUCACUUUAUCCUCCCGAGUGGAUUUGUGAGCCCGGUGUACAGACGGAAGGGACUGCCAGGAAAAGGAACCAAAAGUCCAAGUCCAGUGAAAAAGCUCAAGGUAAAACAACCAUCUCCAGCGCAUGCGCAGUAGCUUUGCUUACCUUAAACUUACACUUUGCGUCCGACAUUAAUACGGAUGGUCGGUCGGGCGAUGGGAAACGAAACAUUUUAUGAGGAUGGCCUUAGCCUUCCAUCCACACGUGGACGGCGAUUUCGGGCACCAAAAACGAAGGUUUUCGAAAACGGUCUCAAAGGUAGAAAUAUUUAAAAAUGCCGUCUUGUCGUUUUUGAGGAUGUAUACAUAGCAGUGCUAGAAGCACUGCGCAUGAUUAUUAAGGAACAAUAUUGUGUUUUCAUCGUUGUCGCGUUUUCGUGUGGACGGGCGAAGACUAUUCAAAUACGCUUCGUGUAAGGUGCGUAUUUUUUGUAAAAACAGAGCUAAAAAUCUCCGUUUUCAAAAAUAUUCCGGCACGUGUGAGUGAGGCCUUAGAUCGUGCGAGCAUCUGCGGAAAAGUUUGUUUUCAAACAAAUGAAUAAUAAUAUGUGUAUUGUAUAUUUUCAGCAAGCGUUCUCAGGAAGUUGUCUACAGGUACAGAAAAGCGACGGCUACGAACCUUACUUUUCCGAAAAUACUGAAGGGACGUACGGUGAGUAAAUCUUCUUCUGCAUGAUACUGUUGCGAGAUUUCGCGCGGAAGUAGAGUUCUUGCGCUGGUACAACAACCUGGGUGAACUCGCAGCGCUAUGGAUCGUUCCGUUAUGGCAUUUUCUACUGCGGUUGUUCCGUAGAAUAAAGAAUCUCAAUAUAAGGAAGUCCUCGGUAUAACGGACGACAUUCUUCUCCCUAGUUAAACCUCGAUAUAACGAAAGCUCUUUGUAGCGAAUAAUUGAAUUUUACCAGACUCUGUCCCCACUGUAUCAAAUAAAGCAAUGCAGAGCUACGGGAGGAAGCCUGUGUGAACUCGUGCCACCAUGUAAACACCCAAAACUUUGGAUGGAACAAAUAAAAUCGCAUUAAAAAUUAAAUCUAAGACUAGACUGAUGUUCAAUCAAACUCAAAUCCGCUAGCCUGCGUAACAUGGCGGUUUUGUCGAGCCGGGCGCACGAGCAGCAAAGCCGCGAGAAAAAUGUCCGCCCCAAUCUCCUCGCGGUUUAUCUGCCCUCGCCCGCCUUUAUUGCUUAGCGCGCCCAACCAAAACUGCCAUGCUACGCAGGCUGAAAAUCCUCAUGUCUCUGUGCAAGCGCAGAAGUGUGAAAUUGAUACACAGAAAUGGCUGAAAGUAAAACAAUAGAUAACGAGGAAAGUACCGCACGGUAAGAGGUUUUUCAGUUUUAUCAAUAAAAGGCCUUCAAAUUUUGUGUUACCUAUUUAUAGUUUCUACCACGGAUUCAAACCCUCGAGUAGCUGUAAGCAGUCACAGCCUGGUGAAUAAUAGUAGGUAGGUUAAAUGUUAAUCCCUAUGGUUCGUCACCCGUAAACUUCCGAUAAUGCGAAGGUUUAGUGGUCGCUUACCACAGAAGGUUGCUUACGAUAAUCAACGCACCAGGUUAUCUUCAAAGACGAACACAGGGAACACGAACGCUGUAUUAGCUAAUAGAAAAAUUAGAUGUGUUUACGCUGUAUUAUAAUAAAAUAAUAAGAUGUAUUUACCUUUGUUCCUGUGUCUUUAUGAGUUUUUUUGGAAGGGAUUUGAAUCCGUUUGCUUGUCUGGCGCGUCGUAAAUAAGACACUCAAGUUUCGUCUCACGAAAGAUAACAAUAUUAGAAACGUGAGACAAAACUUGAGCGUAUUAUUUACGACGCGCCAGACAAGCAAACGUAGUUCCAUACUGAAAGAACAUCGCACUCUCUUAUUGGUGUGUACGUAUUACAUGCAACGAACAUACACAUCAAACCAUGCCUUUAGUGUCUUUAGUGGCUACUUACAGGGGGAGGAGCAAUGUAAAAUUCUAAAGCCGAGUGCGAGAGGGAGAUAAAAAUUCUUACAUUUGAUAACUUGUUCUCGCCACUACGACAUUCUCGCUAAAACUCGUAGUAGAAUGACGACGGCUAUCUCACGCUUUCCCGCCAAAAUGACGCUAGUUCACGGCUGAGCAAUACUCAGAAUUUAGAAAUAGUAGUCGUCCUCGUCUCAGAACCUAAAGCUCUCUAUUGCCUGACCAACGCCAAGGACCAACUCUAGGUGUCCGUUUUAGCGAGAGUGUCCGCCUUAUCAGAGAGGGUCAAAUAAAAGGACUGAAGACUGGGGAGGGAGCUUUGAAUAUCUCAUUCAAGGAGGAGUUCGUAUUUUAGGGAUGUCAGUAAAGGACUCGACCAUUUGACUUUUGAAGGGGUGUAUGAGUGAUAUGGACUGAGUAAGAUCUGAAUUUUUUCCCCGACAUAUAACGGUGUAACAUUUUCCCCCGCAUUAUAGGCCGCGAUACGUUCCUGUAUUUCUCGUAUUUCCUUGCACGAUUUUUGCCCCUGUCAAAUCAGUCUGCAGGAUUUUUUUUUCUGAAAUCACCCAUAAGCCCCCUGAAAAGUCAAAUGGUCGGCUCCUAAGAGACAGUUGAUUAUACCUUAGUUUCUUUUCUCUUAUAGUCAAUGCUUCUGUACUGGUCGCUGUACCUGCCCUUCCACCUCCCAAUUGUCGCAGACACCAUCUCCCGAAAGGAAGUACCUCAAUCAUCGUCGCUGGAGCCAAGGAUCAAGUCCCAAAACUUCCCCGAAGCAACAGUUUCGCUCCAGCUUGAAACUUCCUCGAAAAGCCGGUUCCUCAUCGCCUUCAUUUCCUGCUCAGAAUCUUUUUCCAUACGCAACGCCAGUUUUUUCAAGGAGAGGUAGCAAAGGCAGUUCAAGUCAGGGGGGUGAUAGCCUCCAGGGAGAUGACAUCUGUAUCGUUGUUACUGACGCUGACCCAAGGGCUAACCCCUGGGGUAGCUCAGAAGCGGAGCAAGACGGCACCCCAUGGAUGGCUAAUUUUACCGCAAUAACGACACAGGAACUGCAGGAGAAGGCUUUCUCAAAGAAAACUCAACAGUCGCCAGGUUGGAAUCCCUUCUGAGAUCGAGAAGUUGUUCAAAUUAAGUGUAAUUUCUAUACUUCUAGAUCAUGGAGAUAACGUAGGCAACCGUAAACUUCCGCAUUUUAAGCCCCUGGGUUUACGCAAUUUCGUAUGGGGUUUUAAAGCAAGGCUUAUAAAAAGGGGGGCUUAUAUCUGAAUCGGGCUUAUAAUAAAGACUAAAAAAAGAUUUUCAGAACAAGCUGAACAGCAUUGCUGAUCAAAACCAUGCAAAACACUUUUUGAAUUUACUCGCUUUUUUAAGCUUCAAAAUCGAAUUCAUUCUAGUACAAGUUAGAAGGAGCUGAUAUCCGGGGGGGGUCUUCUCAGCAGUUUUUUUUUUUUUUACAGGUUAAUGUGCCCAUAAUUGGGGGGCUUAUAAGUUAAGGGACUUCUAAGCGGCUGUUUACGGUAUUUGUUCUAAAAAGUGCAAAAAUUUGUAUAUGUCAACCAAGUUGCUAAGGUGGGUUGGCCAUCGUAGGGAGGUAAAGAAAUUGCAGUUCCGAGUGCUAACCCCCACCCCCACCCCCCUUGACAAAGCUCUGACGCAAGGCUAGCACUCGAACCCUCAGCUUUUCUAUCUCCCUACGGUUGCCAAACUGCCUGGUUAUCACGACAACUGAAGAGAAUAAUGGGACCAAAAGAAGGGUGAGUUUGAUCGUCUGGGUGAACGUAGUCCUGAAUAGGACUGUUGUUGUUGACAGUGACUGACGUUUCGACAACCUGUGCGGUAACCAUGUUUAGAGUCUUGACACUGAAGAUGACUACCGCACAGGUUGCCAAAACGUCAGUCACUGUCAACAACAACAGUCCUAUUCAGGACUACGUUCACCCGAAAGAUCAAACUCAACCUACUUUUGAAAUGACUCCUGGGUUCAAACCUUUCACAGUAAUAAUGUGACCCAUAGCAUGCGUCACGCCAUGGCGGUUUUGCGUGAGCGCGCAAACAAGCCAAGGUGGGCGAGGUUAGUGAAACUGCGAGGAGAUUGGGGCGGGAGCAACGAGAAACUAGAGAAUCUCAAAUGACGUUGGCCGGGAUAUGUCACUUUCACCCAAGUUAUUUUUAGAGGUUGUAAUUCUCUCUUGUUACAACCAAAUCUUUUUUUUUUUUCUCUCCCCACCGACGUAACACCGUAGUUCCUUUAAAAACUGACUCCUUCAUUCAUUUUUUGCAUUAAAGACGUUUGUCACUUUGCAAUACGUAUCGUUUUUUAAGUUAAAGCAAGAGCCAGGCCCCUUAAUUGAAACCAACCUCUCUUUUAGGUUCCUCAGCAACAAAUGAGAGCAGCGAGAAGAAUUCCAAUGAGGACACUAGACAAGAACUAACUCAAAAAGACUUGCUUUCAUUCGCGCGACAGAUUGCCGUUGGCAUGGUAACGUAUAAUGCACCCUGUAUUAUCCACCAAUCAAGCGUGUCUGAGCAAGAUAAGUAAAUCGCAAAAUAUGUAAAUGCAGCUUUCAGUGUAAAUAAAUAAAUAAUAAGUAAUUCCGUUGUUUACCCUCAGCAGUAUUUAUAAAUAACACUAAUGCCUCAAACUUAAUGGAGUUAAGAAUCUCAACUAGCCGGAGGCAUACCAGUUGGCUAUUUUCAAGCAUGGUCGAGGAUUUGAACUGGGGACUUUCGUGAACAAAUCCAGCUAGCGGUCUGAGCGAGACCGAAACUCGGGGCCUCCGAAUUACAGGUCCAGCGCUCUAACCACUAAUCGGCCACGCUGCCCCACUAAACUUAUCACUAGCGACUAUAACAGAAAAUUGACCAUUAAUUUAGAGACAAACCAGACGGCUACUGUUCAAGCGAUGGCGAAUACGUACAGUAUUUUUACUAGCAAUAUUUGUCAAGUAAUUAUAGAGUCAGCUUAAAGUGACUCAUGUUUUUCUCUCAUUUUUUUAGGAAUAUUUGUCACAAAGAAAGUUUAUUCAUCGCGACCUUGCAGCUCGUAAUAUUCUCGUUUGCGACGACCAUUUAGUGAAGAUAUCGGACUUUGGUUUAUCGAGGGACGUCUACGAGAGCUGCGAGUACCAAAAGGCACAAAGCGCUGGAAAACUGCCCAUCAAGUGGAUGGCUUUGGAAUCACUGUUGGAUAACAUAUAUACCAUUGAAAGCGAUGUGUAAGUAAUGGCUUAGUUUUAAUUCCAGUUACGUCUUGUCUUUUAGCUUUUGGGAAAGGCCAAUGAAAGGGAGGGGGAGAAGGGAAGAUCGGAAAGGGCACCAGAGUUAGGCACACCUUAAGUGUUCCCACCCUUUCGUGGGCCUGCCACGUUAAGGCUGCUUUCACUGUUAAGCUAAAAAGAAGUACGCUCAGUGUUAAUAGAGACCUCAAGAUAUAUCGUUACGGGUAAAUUACCUGUAACCGUAAAUGAGGGUAGAUUGCCUCUGACACAAACGAAACCGCUAGGCUACCGGGUAGAACAUAGAGAACGUUAGAAAAUCAUGGUUAUCUUUUGUAUAAAUAGGCGACAAGAGUAUGUUCACUUAUAUCCGCACCCGCUGAUAGAAAAGGUGUAUCUAAAGUGACAAAACCGAGAUCUUGAGGGAUCAAGUAUUUGGUUUACCGAUGCAUUGGCCGUACUUGAGUUUUCCAGUUUUGUUAGAGAUUUGCCUGAAUUCUUAUCAGUGCGGGGGAUACGGAAGCCAGCACGCGGAUAUGUGGAAGAUUACACGAACUUAAGGUCACAGUUGGACAGCAUAAAAACCUAAGACGCUGAGAAGUAGCAGAGGUCUUAAAUUCGUUUUCUGCUGUCAUCAUCUUACUAUACAGAUCAGGCAUCGGAUACCAAGUUAAAAUGAAAGCCUUCGACGCACUUUCUUUAAUCUGUCCGGGGAAUGAGCAGGAUUCUGCAUCUUUAUAAUGUUAUAUAUCGAUAUAUAGACUGAUACUUGAGUGUCUGCCCGUGUUUAGGUGGUCAUAUGGAAUCGUGUUGUGGGAGCUUAUCACUCUUGGUAAGUUCUGCAGUGAUACUGAACCGCUCUGAUAGUUCAACUUGAUCUAGUGUUGAUCGUUUUGUCAAACAUUUAUACGUCUAACACCUCUACAAACCUUGAUGAAUGAAGGCACGAUCUACUGAAAAAAAAUUAUACCAAGAAAAAAAUUGGGCUACUAAACAUUAACUUUUUAGGAGCACCUCUCUGCAAAUUUUCACCCAACACUGAGACAUUUUUAAUAAUAUUAUCUCGCAUUAUCCUGAACUUGCGCGAUCCAUUUUCUCCGAGAAGACGCAUUCGUACUUUUUAACUAUAGACUGCUACUUUGACCAGGUACCUCACCAUAUCCUGGUGUGUCUGGGAGAGAUAUCCAGAAGCUGCUGAGAAACGGCUACAGAAUGGAGAAACCUGAAAACUGCAGCCAGCAAGUGUAAGUGAACAGAUUUCUGAAUUUGGAGAAAAGCUUUUUGCUGUUACGAUCAUGUGAUGUAAUACAAAAGAUUUUUAAACAGUUAAAAGGAUAAAAAAUUUACUAAACAAAAAUCUGCAAAGCUGAUCAUACCACGUAAAAGGUAACUUUGCAAGACAUGAACACGGCAUCGAUGGAUCCAAACAGAGCGGGGUGGCGUUGACACAGCUGUUUCGCCAUUGCGACUCAUCAAAACGGCGUACCAAACAAAAAGGCAUACUGAAAAAAUACCAGCACACAUUGGAUCGUCACACCCGCAUAACAACGCCAAAAAAAUAGCCUCGAACUAUAUCUUUUGAUCUAUUUACUCUUUCCUGUUACUCAGACUAGCGCAGUUUGGGAUAUUAGUGUCACGAUAAGUGCUGGAUUCGAAUUAUAUGAGACACACAAAAGCGGCUUGAAAACUCGUACUCGUAGCUCCAAUCUAGAGAUCACUAUUGGCCUUGCACCCAUUUUUCAAGGUCUCGCCCCUUCGUGUACUGUUUGAUGAUCCCUUUGGCUGUGUUGCAUGUACGAAAAAGCCACAAAGCGAAUGAAAGUAUCUGUUUUUAGAACAUUAUAUUUCAAAAACCUUAGUCUAAGUGGCUCCGGUUACAGUAGACUAGUCGCACUGUAACGAGAGCUUUGCUUUGAUAUAGUAGAUUUGCCGAAAAUGCCCAAUUUGUAGAUGUCAUCUCAUUGUUAUUCUGUUGCUAUAGGGGCAGAGAUGUCAGCAAAACAUACUCUUAAAUUAAGAUUAAUGUUAGAUGUGCUGUUUCACUGUGUGGCUUUUUCGUGCUUCACAGACAAAGUUAUCAGUGGAGCAUCAAACACGAAGGGAUGAGACCUUCGAAAAAUGGGUGCGAGCCUCCUUUAAAAUACUAUCUUGCUGUAGUACCGGUAAUAAAUAAAUAAACGUUUGGAAGAGAAAAAAUAGCAGCCACCCUUUCCAUCGUCGCAAAGAAGAAUCUCGCAUAAAAUCUUAUUUUCAUUCAGGGAGGUCAGAAACCACAAGCUUUCCAUCGGCACUUUUGCGUACAUUUUCGACCCCAGUGCUCUUCUCUAUUGCGCAGUCAAACGUGUGAGCUCUGCGGGGGACUUUGUAGAGACCGGCGCGUGCGUAAAACAUUUUUUUGCCAUUUGUGAUCUUUACAGGUACCAGAUUAUGAUGUCUUGUUGGGCAGCCAAUCCAGAUGACAGACCAAGCUUUACAGACUUGCGAAACGAUUUGGAGAGAAUGUUAGAAGCAGAUGAUGAACUGUACAUCAGCGUCCACUGCGAGGAUUAUGAUUAUUACUGUGUUCUUGGCAAUGACAACGUUAGCAGCUCCAACGGAGACGAGAAUCCUCCAACACUGGCCAGUAAUGUUGAAACACAGCCUUUCAUAUAA